GAGAAUGAAAGUGAAAGUUGCUCAUGUCCUAUAAAAGGGAGUGUGCAGAGCCACAAACUCAAAGGAAGGAGUGAAGGGGAGACAUUUAUGUUCCUAUAAAGGAUCAAUAUAUUUUCUUAUAUCAGGGGUGAAUUUCCUGCAUUAACAAAAUGUCCUUCCUUGAAGCAAUAAGAUCAGCACUCUUUUUGGUGCCAAAGAGGGACGUGCCACCUCCUCCAGUGUCACAACCUCCUCCACCACUCUUAGAGGAGCCAUGGAGGGAGGUGUCAGAGAAUUACAAGGAAAAUCUUGACUUUGUGAAAUCUUACCAACCUGAAAACGAACAAGUCAAACAUCUCAGGAUUCUGCUUCAUGGACCAGUUGGUGCUGGAAAGUCGAGCUUCAUCAACUCUGUCGACACUGUUUUAAGAGGCAGAUCUGCUGGUCGAGCUCAGACAGAUGCAAUCUCUGGGACCAGCUACACCAAAAAGUACAAGACCUUCAAAUUUCCAAAAAGUCCAGGGGUCAAAUACUCGUUUGUGUUCAAUGACAUCAUGGGUCUUGAGCAAGGAUCUGACACUGGAAUCAAUGUGAAUGACCUCAAACAGGCCCUGAGAGGACACGUGAAAGAAGGUUACAAGUUCGACCCUGACCAAGAACUGACGGAGGAGGAUAAUGGCUACAACUCCCAUCCCACUUUGGAAGACAAAGUGCACGUUCUGGUGUGUGUGGUUCCUGCGAACAUAGUGUCUAGGUUAAGUGAUGAGAUGGUGAAGAAGAUUAGAGAGGUCAGAUUGGCAGCCAGUAAACUGGGAAUUCCCCAAAUGGCUAUUAUCACCAGAGUGGAUGAAGCCUGUCCCGAGGUUAAAAAGGACACAAGCAAUAUCUAUAAGAGCAAGUACCUGAAGGAAAAGGUUGAACAAUUCCACCAGCUGCUGGGCCUUCCAAUGAACUGCAUCUUCCUUGUGCAGAACUACAGUCAUGAAACUGAUUCAAAUGACAAAGUGAACGCUGCGAUAGUGUGCGCACUGAAACAGAUGCUUCACUAUGGAGACGACUACCUCAAUGACCUGGAAACAUGAAUACCCCUGAGGCAACAACACAGUAGGCCAUUUGUCGGGGAAUGAGGAAAUAUUCAGACAAUGUUUACUGUCUUUGGCAAGCAGGCAAGCUUGAAGCAUGAAAAAUGGAAUAAAAAUUCAUAAAAAAUA